AAUGAGUACGAAGAGAAAAGACAUCAUAAAACUUAUGAAAUCAAUGAAUAUUGAUCCAUCUACAUUUUCUGAAGAAGAUAUAAGACAAUUUGAAUAAGGCUAAGUGAUGAUGAGUGAUAGUGAAUCAGAUAGCAUGAGAGAUUCAGUAUCCAUAGCUGAUAUUGAGAAUUAUUAAUAGAGUAAACAUAACAGAGGAGGAAACACUCAUGAUACAGUCAACAUGAAAAAUGUAUUUUAAUUAAUUCCAUUUUAGAAUUAUUCAUCUGUUGUGGGAAUGCAAGAAAAAUAAAUAGCAUUUCUAAAUGCUGAAAUCAAACGUAUUUAAGCAGCUAAUGAUGCUGAUAGAUAAAGAGUUUUUGCUAAUCAUCGAAUAGAAACUGAUCAACUUUUAAGUGAAAUCAAAUAAUUAAAAUCUAAGAUGAUAUAUCAAGAGUCUUAAUUACCAGGAAUAAGAGAGGCUUUGGCUUAAGUUAGAGAUAUGCUUGCUGGAUUAGUUCCAGAAGCUGUUUAUUUGAGAUUGCGAGAUAUGAAUGAAAAGGAAAUGCCUAUUUAAGAUUGGGUAUUGGUUUAAGUGUGGGAGAUAGUAUAUCCAUUUAAAAAGGAAGGAGAAUUUUAGAAAAAAGAAAUAUUGGCUUUGAGAGAAGAAUUACGAUAGGUAACAGAAAAACAUUAAUUCUUAUUAAAUGAUUUGGAACAUGGAUAAAAAAUGAUGGUAGAUAGAGAAGAAGAUAUUAGAAGACAUAAAUUAAAUUAUGAUAAUGCAAGAAAGGCUUUGGAAUUAGAAUUAACAAAAUCUUAAGAAGAAUUAGCCCUUUUAAGAGAAAAAGGAGCAAGAUUUGAUGAAUUGAGUAGGGAUUAUAAAAGAUUAGAGUAAGAGAAAUUUUUAUUGGAAGAAAAGGCUGGCUUUUAUCAAAAUAAUCAAGCUGGUGAUAAGGCAGGAGAUCAAUACAAAGCUUAGGAUGAUUCAAAGAGAAAGGGAGAUCUUUUAUAAUAAGAUAAGGAAUAUUUAACUAAGGAGAAUAUAUAGUUAUUGGAGAAGGUUAAGAGAUUAGAAGAUAAAUUAGAUAGAACAGAGAAGGAAUAUUUGGAAGCUAAAAAUUAAGCUUAAGAAUAUCUAUUUUAAUUACUCAAUUCUAAAACUGAUUAGACUUAGGCUUAUGAAAAAAGAAUAUAUUCUGAAAUUGCUGAUCUUAAGGAAAAACAUCAUCAUGAAUUAGAGAUAGCCAAAUAGAAUUUAGUUGAUAUUUAUGAGACUUAGAUCAAAUUCUUAAAAGAUGCAAAGGAGGAAAUUUAACUUAGAAAAGAUAAUCUAGAAGGUUAAGUAAAGGAAAAAUCAACAUUAUAUGAUCAUUUGUUAAUUGAUUAUAGAAACUUAUAAAGAAAAUUAGAUGGAGAUUUAUCUGAAUAGAGAAUUUAAUUGAGAUUGAAGAUAGAAGAAUUAGAUAGAGUAUAGAAUAUCUAUGAAGAUACUUUGGCUAAUCUUAAAGCUACAAAACAUGAGAAUGAAAUGUUAAGGGAAAAAAUUAAUGUUUUAAAGGCAGAAUAUUAUAAAUGUUAGGUAGAGGCUAAAGAAUAAAUGAGUAAUAUUAAUGCUCAAUUACAAGUUGCAAAAGAACAACUUACAAAUUAUGAAGGAAUUGAAAAAGAAAUUGAUGAUGCUAUAAUGAAAUCAGCAGGUAAUGAAUAUGAUGCAAUGAAUCCAUUAUUGGGAUUUAUGGGUACUGUACCUACAUCUUCAAAAAGAAGGAUUCAAUAGGCAUUAAAUCUUGCUUAGAGAUUGUAAGCAAAAUAAAGAGAAUCAGAGGAAUUGCAAAGACAAUUAAGAGAGAAACAAUCAGAAAUUGAGAGAUUAUAGGAAGAGACUAAAUUAUAAAGAGAUGUACUUGAUAAAACACAUUAACCGUAAAUAUUAAUUAUAAAUAUUUUAGUCAUUCUUAUUUGGUAGCUCAUAUAGAGGAAAAGGAUAGAGAAAUUUUAAAAUAUAAAUCUCUUUUAAAAAAAAUAGAUUAAGAUUAUUAGAUAUUAAAAGCAGAAAAUGAUGAUAUAGCUAAUGUAAUAAUUUUGUUAUUAAUUUAAUAGAGAUUCAUGCGAGCUGAAGAAGAUUUAUAAAGAUUGAGAAUAAAAAGACAGAAUCUAUAAAACAUUUAGAACAUUUUAAUUGGUAUUGCAACUGGUAGUUAGAAUGACAUGAGAUAAAAUCUGAGAAGUGCUAUAAAUGAAAUGUCUGAAGCAUUAAAUACAAAAACAUAUAUAGAUCCUCAGAGUGCAAUAUAAAAAAAAGGUAUGAAUUUAAUAUCUAUUAAAAAAGGUGGUAUUCAAAAUAGUUAAUAAAAAGAAUAAGAAGGACCAUCUUGGUAUUCAAAACUAAAACAAAAAUAGAAUAAAUGA